UCCAGCACAGGUUACACAGUAGAAUAUGGCGCAGAAUGUGUGUUUCUUGUUGGUGCUAGCCACCGCUUUGGUGGUUAUUCUGUCACCAUGCACUGCGCAAACAGCAAAUAUAUCAGUGCAUUUCAUAGGAUCUCCUCAGUUCGAUUUCUUCAUGGUACCAAACAUGACCUUUGACAUCGGACAGGCUAAGGUUGUACUCCCAGGACUGAAUAGUUGUGGCUGCCGCUCUGCUUGUGGUGCCCUUAAGGACGGAUGCAAAGCUUGGUCUUUAACUCACGCAGUGGAUGGAACCACUCAGUGUCAAAUUGCUCAAGAAGGACCCUUGACCAUUGUACCUAAUAAAAGUGAAAACGCUGAGUACUUCUUCAAGAAGUCUAGCUUUCCUGGGAGUUAUGAAUGGCCGGCAGACAACCUUCUGUAUCUUCUACUUGAUGGCACUUUCUCUUCCCAAGAAGCAAAGAAACGUUGUUCAAUGAUUCCUGGCCACAGGCUCUUCAUCGCUAAGACACAAGCAACCUAUGAUUACCUCUAUAGUCUUUGGUCAAUAUACCCUUCGAGCCCUUAUUUUAUUGCGGACCUUGUCAAGAAGAAUCAAACGGAAUUCGUUUGGGGAGAUGGAACAACUGACCAUGUUACACCUGGAAAAAUAUUUCGGAACGACGUUGUUGAAUUUAAUCUAUUCAUGCUGAUACUGAAUCAGCUUGAUGACGCACAAGAAAGUCAUGGACCCUUUCGAGCGCUUUGCCAAGCAAACCCAUUACGUACAGAAUGGUAAAAGUUGCUCGGUAUUAAUGCAUAUCCCAA